AUGCCAGAAACUGUGGUUACCUCUCAUAGCUCAAGUGUCCAUUCCCAUUCUGAAGAAAGUUCAAGUUCGUUCAAUUGGGAUAUCAACGAGUUUUGGUGGGUUUAUCUGAUUGGACUCGUAGUGUUCCUCGUUGUGCUCGCAAUCGUCCUCGGAAUCGUCUUUUACUGUUUGCGCAAAAAAAAUUCUUGA